AUACAUACAUACAUACAUGCAUACGUACAUCUUUUCGGCUAGCCCUAGGUGAAUUCGCACAGACGUGAAGAAUAAAAUAACCGCGUUGUUCCACACUUUAAGUCUUCAACUUGAUUUUGCGUUUGAAACAAACAUAGUUGUGUCCAAAAAAAAAAAAAAAAAAAAAAAAAAAAGCAUUGGAUUGUGAGGGUGUUCCGCAUAGAAACGCAAUCCUACGGACAAUUGGCGAUACUUGGGUGAAUUGUGAAAACGAUUGAUUAUAAAGUGUUAACACACCAUAAGUUGGCUUCGAAAAUACACUCAAUUUGUUUAGUAAAACCAGUCCAAUAUUUGUUCAGUAUUGGGGAUUUCAAAAUUAACAAAAUUGAAAAACUAAAGUAGUAAAUUAUUAACAACUAGCUUGCGAAUCAGACCAACCAAAAGUACACGAUGCCGCUGGACCAUAUUGUCAUCUCGAUGAUGCGCAGCAACAAAUGGAUCAACGUCCUGAUGCUCAACUCGGGGGAGUCCCGAAAUAAGGUCAUCAAUGUGAGCGCUAAUGGCAUUCGUUGGAUCGAGCGCAACUGUGAACAGCGCUUGCUUCUCAGCGAGUACUUCCUGAUCAAUACUGAGGGUGUCAACAGCCCCGGUGGUGGGACCGGUGGUGAGGCCGGCGGCAGUUCCGGCAGUUCCGUCAAUCCUGGCAACACUGCGAGCUCUGAGAAUGACAGCUGCAAUGUGAGCAACGUGCGUUACCUGCGCUCCCCAGAGGGCGACGCUACACUCUUGGGCUUGAGUCUCCAGUGCGUGGAUGACGAGGCUCUAAACAAUAAUACCGUGGAGGUGGGCAUCAAUCCGUUGCAGCUGCGUUUCGAUGAGAACACUCCGAUCGCCCUACAUUGUGGCCACUGUGCCACCGAGUUGGUUCCAAUGCGGCGUUACGGGCCGGUCGCUAUUCCGGUGUGCACCAUGGAGGCAGCUUCCUACUUCUGCCCCAAGAACAAGACUCCGCUGAUUCCAAGCGAAAAUGAGAUCUUCUACGGACUGAAUCAUAUUGUGAUCAAUCCCCGUCUGUUCGAAGGCUGUGUGACGCAGAAUCGAAUGCAUGUGCAUUGCAACAGUUGCCUCCAGCAGCUGGGCGAUAUUCUGGGUGAUGGCGUAGCCCUGCAGCUGUGGGCGGACACUUUGUGCAUUGGCCGAUUGAAUGCGGAUGGCACUCCGUCGCAGUAUUUGAUGGAACUAUUCCGUCCAGUGACCUCGGUGCAGUUGAUGUUGCGUCUGCUUCACGAUGCUGUGCCCAUCAGCUUUGAGCAGACCCGUCUGUUCCUGAAAACAGUCCGUCCAGAUGGACAGCUGCUCUAUUUGCUGCUGCUGAUCGAUACCCAUCAGAUACAUUUGUUGCGCUCUAAAUUAGCUCUUACCUCUGACUUGCAUGGACCUCAACAGCAGCCGCGUGCUCUCAUCUACCACGUCGAAGGACACUCCAUCCAAGACAUCGAGCUGAAUGGCUAUAAAGGCUGUCGGAUCAACUAUCAAACCUUCUUCAGUGACGAGGAACUGAAAGCAAACCAUGAUCUGAUUUCGCUGUGGCAGGAGAUGGGAACUCCCAUGUUGCGUAUAUCCCACAAGAUGAUGGUCGAGCUAGUCAGCGACCUGAAUAUGAACGAACGUCUGGUUAUGAACCUGGAGAAACUUUCGCCUGCCGACAUGGACGGACGCACCAGCUAUCUCAUCUAUGAGCUUGAUUCUGAGAUUUUCGAGAAGAAGCAGCUCCAAAACAUGUCGGGGUCUAGACGUUUUUAAACUAAGCGCAAUAAAAUUAACUAUGGAGCAAUA